ACGCUGUAGUCAAUACCUGUAGGACAAAGUUUUGGGAACGUCCGCCUGUUUUCGGGUGGGGAAGAUCGCCUCCUGCAUAAUAGCAGAUUAAAGACGGUUUUGCUGUUUUGCUGUUUUGCUGUUUUGCUGUUUUGCUGUUUAAUUAAGUAUUGUUUGUUUUUCGUUAUAAUUGAUCUUUGUUUGAUUUUGUAGUGAUUGUUAAAACUUUUGCUUUAUAUAUUUCUUUCCUUUUCAUUUCAGUUUUCAUUAAGUGACCAUUGUUCCUUUUUUUACAUUUUGUUGUGUGUUUUGGUAAUUGUUUGUCAAUCAGGCUUUAGAUUAAUUUCGUUUUGUACAUUUUAGUAAUUUGUUUUCUUUGUGUUUUAGGCCCCUGAGUCGGGUGGCUAGCUGUCCUAGUAUCCUGGUGGUGGUGGUGUUUGGAGCACGGAGUGUGGAUUGUCGUUUGUAGUCACUCACCUCACUGUGUGUGUGUGUGUGUGUGUGUGUGUGCUUUACGAAUAGCCACUUUUGCAGCUAGCCUACCCUGCUAGGGGUAAGCCUUCGUAAAACUGAUUAAUGUAUGCCUGGUCGAAUUAUAUCUUUGCCUGAUCUUUUAAAAGGUGUAUUUUCUAUUUUGUGAAUUUAAUAAAUAGUUUAUACGCUAGUGCCUCUGUCUCUGCCUCCUAUGGUAACGAACCUGUGUGUCUAAAUUCCAUCAAGUAUUUAGUUCCCCUCACUUCAGAGGGGUGGCGUAGUCGGUAGUUAUAUCAUAAUUAAUUAACUUCAAGUUGCCACGCCACAUUCUGGCGUAGUCGGCAGGAUACCGUGUUUGGCGGAGACACUGGUAUUAGUGGUUGUAUUUUUGUUUUUUUUCUUUUAUUUUUCUGUUGCAGUGAGAUUGAUAAGGAGUAGCAGCAAAACAGCAGCGCACGUCUGGUGGAUUCUGAUUCUUUGUGAGUCUACUCCCUCUUGUUGGUAAGUGUUACGGCCGUCAAAAUUAUGGAAGAAGAGUUACAGGAACUGAGGGAAGUAGUAGCUCAGUUGCGGGCAGAAAAUGAGAGGUUGCGUCAAGACCACUUUCUUGCGCUUCCUGGCCCUAGUGAUGCACCUUCUAUUGUUCCUGGUCCUUCUGUUGCUGCCCCCCCUCAGCCAAGUAGUGCACAGGCAGUCCUGCCAGAACGAUUCGUUUUUGUACCUCGAGACAGGAAAUGUCAAAAAUUCAAUGGCAGGGUUGGUCUGAGCAUUGAUGAGUGGGUUGAAGAGGCCAAAGCUUGUAUGCAGGCUCGUCACCUGUCUGUUUCUGAUCAAGCUUUCUUCUUGUUUGACCACUUGGAGGGGGAGGCAAGGGAAGAGAUUAGGUACCGUUCGGAGAUUGAGCGAAAUGAUCCAGAUAAAAUUAUUUUGGUGUUACGGGAAUUAUACGGUUGCUCACAGUCAUAUGUCUCAUUACAGAAGGCAUUUUUUUCUAGAAAGCAGCAGGAGGGUGAAUCAUUGUUGGAGUUUUCCCUAGCUUUGAUGGGUCUCCUAGAACGUGUGACGCAGCGAUCGCCGUAUGUUAUGCCAAAUUCACAAGUUUUGCUACGCGAUCAGUUCAUUGAACAUGUUUGUGACGUGGCCCUUCGCCGAGAAUUAAAACAGUUAAUACGUCGUCAGCCAAUGUUAACAUUGUUGGAAGUUCGAAGCGAAGCUCUAAGAUGGGAAAGGGAGGGGAUGUCGGGGAGUACGAGAGGACGAAGCAAUUCCGUUCCAUCCGCCUAUGGGAUUCAGUAUGGUGUACAAGGUGAGUCACGUAGUCAGCCUCCUCACCGCGGCCCCAUUAUAUGUAGGAGGUGCCAACGACUUGGCCACUUUGCUGGAGAGUGCGAUGGGGAGCGUGUUCCCCCUCGUCCGCAACCCCCUUUGCCCGCUGCGUCGUCACCUGAGGGUAGACAGCCUGGUCCAUUUGCGUUGUCGGGAAAUUAGUCCCCACCGUGUCGCCGAGCCAAGGCGCGGUUGGGGAAUUGACCGGCUCUAGUGUUUCAAGUAUGUCUCAUUUAAUGUCUUCAUGCCCGCACCUUGUUAUUCGAAUGGGUGGGGUCCAAAUUUCAUGUUUGGUCGAUACUGGCUCCAUGGUGUCCACAAUAACGGAAAGUUGGUUUCGUAAAUAUUUUGAACCAUGGGGUCCGGAUCGACUUAAGUCAUGCCAGUAGCCGUCAUGGCAGAGCACUUGUAACAAGUGUCUCGUGUUUCUCGUCGAGUAGCCGUCAUGGCAGAGCACUUGUAGCAAGUGUCUCUAGUGUUUCUCGUCGAGUAGCCGUCAUGGCAGAGCACUUGUAACAAGUGUCUCGUGUUUCUCGUCGAGUAGCCGUCAUGGCAGAGCACUUGUAACAAGUGUCUCGUGUUUCUCGUCGAGUAGCCGUCAUGGCAGAGCACUUGUAGCAAGUGUCUCUAGUGUUUCUCGUCGAGUAGCCGUCAUGGCAGAGCACUUGUAACAAGUGUCUCGUGUUUCUCGUCGAGUAGCCGUCAUGGCAGAGCACUUGUAACAAGUGUCUCGUGUUUCUCGUCGAGUAGCCGUCAUGGCAGAGCACUUGUAACAAGUGUCUCGUGUUUCUCGUCGAGUAGCCGUCAAGGCCAGAGGACUUGUAACAAGUGUCUCGUGUUUCUCGUCGAGUAGCCGUCAAGGCCAGAGGACUUGUAACAAGUGUCUCGUGUUUCUCGUCGAGUAGCCGUCAAGGCCAGAGGACUUGUAACAAGUGUCUCGUGUUUCUCGUCGAGUAGCCGUCAAGGCCAGAGGACUUGUAACAAGUGUCUCGUGUUUCUCGUCGAGUAGCCGUCAAGGCCAGAGGACUUGUAACAAGUGUCUCGUGUUUCUCGUCGAGUAGCCGUCAAGGCCAGAGGACUUGUAACAAGUGUCUCGUGUUUCUCGUCGAGUAGCCGUCAAGGCCAGAGGACUUGUAACAAGUGUCUCGUGUUUCUCGUCGAGUAGCCGUCAAGGCCAGAGGACUUGUAACAAGUGUCUCGUGUUUCUCAUUGAGUAGUAUGGUCAGUGGUUAGAGUUGUGUUAUCGUCGGGGCGACGAUAAAAUAGCUGGGGCAGAUUGUGGCAAAGUAGAUAAUCUCCCUCCCCUGGUAUUUAGAAACGGCCUAUCAGGGCUCAGUCAUUGCUUUAUAAAGGCUGUGAUUAGGCUACCUGGGAUGCGUCAUUGUUGGCCCCGCCCAUCCGGUACGUGUGCGCUUCCGCCUAACAAAGCUGGAGUCGCCUUUUUGCAGCUUGAAUAGCCAAUUAUUCCUGGCUUCGCUGUGGUUUUUAGGCUGUUUUUGCCACCUGGUUAGACUGAUUUCAUUCAAGUAAUCUUCUGAGACUUGUGCUGUGAGCAACUGUAUGAGGCCCCUGAGUCGGGUGGCUAGCUGUCCUAGUAUCCUGGUGGUGGUGGUGUUUGGAGCACGGAGUGUGGAUUGUCGUUUGUAGUCACUCACCUCACUGUGUGUGUGUGUGUGUGUGUGUGUGUGCUUUACGAAUAGCCACUUUUGCAGCUAGCCUACCCUGCUAGGGGUAAGCCUUCGUAAAACUGAUUAAUGUAUGCCUGGUCGAAUUAUAUCUUUGCCUGAUCUUUUAAAAGGUGUAUUUUCUAUUUUGUGAAUUUAAUAAAUAGUUUAUACGCUA